UGCCGUGCGUAUAUAUCAGAAAUUCAGAAGCAAAUAACAGACUUCGGAACAAGCAACACACGCACAGAGCUGAAAUGAGAGAUCCGUUGUUCACUUUCGUCCUCUGCUUCUCACUGUGGCUCAGGUCUGGAGAAACCAGUGACUUUCAGAGCUUCUUUGAUUUGUUUGGGCAAUAUUGUUUACGUGAUUGUCCAAAAAAGCAUUUUACGUCCACGUAUGAUUUGCCGUGUAUAGACAGCUGUGACAAGCGUGGUUAUGACUACUACUGGUGCAAGUCCAGAAAGGGCUGGGACUACUGCUCACCGAGCAACAAUGUUGAUUACCAAGGCUACACUUGUGACACGCGUUAUCCAUGUGACAACUAUGGAGAAAAUCACUUGGAGUGUUACUUGCGGAUUGGUGUCUGGGACAAAUGUGCUCGGGUGGAGCCGAGGGCAAUGAUUUAUUACACCAGGGAUAGGAAAGAAUGCAUUGAAGAGUGUCUGUAUCAUGAGUCUGGGGGUUACUUCUGGUGCUAUACUGAAGAUGACUGGGACUACUGCUCACCUCUACCAGACCACACCUACAGGAAUGAGCCUUGUCGCCCUGAUCACGACUGUAGAAGCUAUGGUCAGAGUUACACCUGGUGCUACACAACAUACAACAACAACUGGGAUUGGUGUGGAAUUAUAAGUCCUGGAGAGUGUGUGUUUACCCAGACGCACCGCGCCAAACGACAAACUAACAAUCCAAGAGUGAUCUGUACCAGGGAAGACGACGACGACAACAACAACAGGAGAGUGACCACUUUCAAAGACGUGGGAGGUCAACAAUACAUUAAAAAACCCAACAAAAAGUUGCUCAACGAAGCCUUAGAAUUAAUUAACCGAUGGAAUAACCAACGCUUGAGUGCCGAGGCCAGGUCCAACUUGAUUACAUCGGACCAUCUUCGCCUUGACAACCAGGGACUGUGCAACAGGAACAAUCAGCGGUGUUACAACCUGCAAAUCCAGAUCAACGGACCACGCUCUCCUGGACAAAGCACCACUGUGGCACAGAUCAUAGUUCCUGUUGACACGUCAGCUGAAUACAUGCGUUUCGCCUUCAGGGAGAGUUUAAGGGGCAAUUUCAGGGUGGAAUUAGAAGUAAACAACGAACCAACCCCCUCCCCAAACAAUAACCUUUUACAGGAAAGAUGCUGUAAACGAAAAAAAAAAAAGGAUUAUAACGCAAACCUAUGAUCAUUACACAUUAAGUAGCACAAUGUGGCAGAAUGAGUGAGUCAACUUGAAGCUCGGGAGAAUUAUUCUUCACAGCUUGAUCAAAUAAUUAAAUCAAUAACUUUUCAUGUAGAAUUUCAAAUGAUUAUGUCAUUUGAAAUUCAGCUAAUUGUCAAAUUAGCUGAGGGGAUGUGUAAAAUGAUGUGUUGGAUAAGUCAAUAUGUAGAAAUGGUGGACUGUGAGGGGGUGAAACGUCCAACUCUUCUGCACACUGGGGGGCUUCAGGUGGGCUCCGAUUUAGAACGUCCGCUGCAUCACUUACUGUGACAUUAAAGCAGUGGUUCUCAAACUUUUUUUGUCAUGCACUACUUUGGAGCUAGAAUAUGUUUCAGGCCCCACCCACUCCCCUGCCCACACAGAAUUAUGACAAAAUGGGCCAAGCUUAACGUGUAUUAUAUAACAUACAAAUGAACAUUAAAUUCACAUUUCUCACAGGAAUAUCUGAUGUGCAAAUAAAAAAACUUUUUCAAACAA